CAGUGCGUACAGGCAAACCUGACUUCGGCGCAUGCGCACAGUACUAUCUGCUUCUGCUCUGUAUUGAUCACACCGAUGGCAGGAGACACUGGGAAGAUGCGUGUGAUGGUGACAGGAGGCAGUGGUCUGGUGGGCAGAGCCAUAGAGCAAGUGUUGCAGGAGGAAGGAGGAGCAAGAGAAGAAGAAUGGAUCUUCCUUUCGUCCAAAGAUGCUAACCUCAUGGAUGUAGCUGAGACGAAAGCUGUGUUCCAGAAACACCGCCCAACACACGUCAUUCAUCUGGCAGCCAUGGUGGGUGGUCUCUUUAGGAACAUGAGACAAAACCUUAGCUUUUGGAGAAACAACGUCUACAUCAAUGACAAUGUGCUGCAGACAGCUCACGAGUUUGGCGUGCAAAAAGUUGUGUCCUGCCUGUCCACCUGCAUCUUCCCAGACAAAACCACUUACCCUAUUGAUGAGACUAUGAUUCAUAACGGUCCUCCUCAUGACUCUAACUUCGGUUAUUCUUAUGCUAAACGAAUGAUUGAUGUCCAGAACAGGGCAUAUUUUCAACAGUACGGUCAACGGUACACUGCUGUUAUCCCCACAAACGUGUUUGGUCCCCAUGACAACUUCAACAUAGAGGACGGCCAUGUUCUCCCAGGACUUAUACACAAGACCUACAUAGCAGAGAAAGCGAGGACACCACUGCAGGUCUGGGGAUCUGGCCGUCCAUUACGACAGUUUAUUUAUUCACUCGAUUUGGCUCGACUCUUUCUUUGGGUACUCCGAGAAUAUAAUGAAGUGGAGCCAAUCAUAUUAUCAGUUGGAGAGGAGGAUGAAGUGUCCAUCAAGGAAGCUGCAGAUGCAGUUGUUGAAGCUCUGGGAUUCAAAGGGGAAGUUGUUUAUGAUACAAGUAAAGCUGAUGGACAGUUCAAGAAAACAGCCAGCAAUGCUAAACUUCACAAGUACCUUCCUGACUUCACCUUCACUCCUUUCCACAAAGCCAUCAAGGAGACCUGUGAUUGGUUUGUGGCCAAUUAUGACAUCGCUCGCAAAUGAAGAUCACUGAAAAAUGCCACCUUUCUUGCUGCUACGCUAUGUUGGAUUUGCAGCACAAAUGUUAGACCCAUGGCACUGUUGCACUUGAGAGUACUUUAGUGUGGAAUCGAAAAAGCAGCAUGGUACUAUUAUUGUCAUCAUCAUCGUUGUUUAAUUUGAGAAAAUAUGCAUUGCAUUUAAGGGAUGUCCCAAUAUGAUAAGUAAGGAAUAAAACACAACUGGACAUGAUGUUACUGGAAAAUAAUCAACAGUGCGAUGUAAUGGGGCCUGACUCAAAGUAACACCGCAAAGUUGAUUCUUUUCUUCACAGCAUAUACUGAAGUGUUUUAUUCCUCUUAUACCACAGCAAUGCCGACAUGAGCAAUUUGUAUUAACUAAAGACCGACUUGUCAUAUGAUUUUCUAGGAACCUUUUGUUGUCAUGGAAUGUCUCUGAAACAAGUUUGCACUUAGAAACAUCCUGAAGCUUUCGGGACUGCUUUUAACUCUGAGUGCUACAAAGCACUGACACUGGAGGCUCAGAAACAAUGCGAAACAAACAUUUCUAAGCAGAAAUGUCCACCCUGUUUCAGUUGUUACUAUAGAAAUAAUGUAAAACGACGAGUGCGUUCAUAUAAACCUGGGAUUUGCUGAGCUGUGAAGUUUUCAAACGUUAAUCAACAUCUGAUCAAUCCAAUUCAAGAAGUCGACCUCACUGUGGUAUAAAUGUCAGUAAGUUUACGGAUUCCUAAGUGCAGUGCAUUUCUAUACUCCCUCAUUUUUGUGAAUACAUAACUCCAGUACAUUGGACACAGAUUUCAACAUGUAUGGUUUUCCCAAUGUUUAACCCUUUGCUGUUUUUGUGAUCGUUUAAUUCACUGUAUGUUACAGAAUAACAAUCAGGGUAGUUUCUGAAUCCUGACAAUGGUGAAGGUUUACCUCAUUUAUAUUCAUGAUCAUAGAGUUGCUUUGUAUUUUGUAUCCUGCUCUGAGCUUCAGGAAUGUCAGUGUUUCAUGACUUCAACUCCUUUUUCAUAUCUGUAGUAAAGAGAACAAGACAAUAUUUAAAGAUCAGGAAUGAGUUCUCAUUAAUUACAAUCACUUAGGCUACUUCACUGCGAUUUGAUACACACUUUUUUUCUCCAUAUGAAUGAAGUAGAAAUUCACCAUGUUUGUGAAAUAAGGCGAUGUCCUAAAACUGCUUUUCAUAAUUUACUUUAAAUGUGUUAAUUUUGCAGAGGACUGCCCCAGCUGGCAAACCUUUGCCUUAGCAGGGCCCCUUUUAUGGAAUUCCUCCCUAUCUAAAAAUAAUAAGCACCAUUAACACUAUUUUCUCUACACUAAAAAAACAAAACACCAUAGUAGUAAUGUCUGUGAUCAGGGAUUUAUUAUUAUUAUUAUUAUUAUUAUUAUUUUAAUGGUGAACACAAUUCUAAUGGUCUUGUACUAAAAUGAAUCUCUAAUAUCUGCUUUCUUUUUGAAAAAUGAUGGAUGUAAGGGAACCUUUUGUUUACUGGGAAGAUAUAAUGUUUUAUGAAUCUGUUAAAUUAAAUGUACUAGACAUUUUUUGUCACUCUGAUUUUUACAAGUUUAGUAGAGAGUUGUAUAUAAUUUAUACAAUGAGGCCUGAUGAGUAAUUUCAUUUUUUUGAGCAGUGACCAAAUGAUUUUUUUUUUCUUUUGGCAUUUUCUUUGAAAUGUUAAACAUUUGCUAUGUUAUGAAAUAUAACUUGAUUUUUGCAGAUAUAUUAAAUGUACAUGUAUAUAAAACAUGAAUUUAAAGGUGUUAUAGUUGUGAGAUUGUACUGUUGGAGAUCACAAAAAUGUAUGUAGAACACACACGUGAACCUGGAGCGAGACACAAAAUUAGGAAGUUAAAUCUUUAUCUUAAGCUUAAGAUUAUGAACUACAUGUUUUUGGUAUCAAAACAUUUUUAUAUUUCUAGUAAAAAUACAUGAAGAAAUAAAGUAAAAAAUGUAGGCUUGCAAAAA